AUGAAGGGGCGCCCGGUCGACCAGCUCGUCUACGAGCAGAUGUUCCCCAAACCAAAGCCCCAGGAGCCCCAGAACUUCCAUGCCCUCCUACAACGACACCUGAUCCUCGAGGUCCGCCAGGAGGUCCACUCCUUCUACGGCCAUCUCGACACCGCAGAAGCCAAGUACCCAGGUCUAGACUACACCAACCCCACCCACCGAACUCGGCUCAGCAGAUGGCAAUGGCACCGGAGAAUGUUCCGCGCAUUUGACGCCCUGCGCCUCACCCCAAGCGAAAUUGCCGGCUUGACAAAAUGGGAGGGCACGAAAUGGGCAAAGGUCCGGUACGAGCGGGAACAGAACACCACCAUCCGCGACACAGCAGCCGACGGCAUGUCCCACUGGCUCGACCGCGAGGUCCGCGCCAACACCUCAGGCUCGGCCGAUAGCCCAGAGACCGAGGAGGACGACACAAUGGCCGAGGUCGACGAGGAUGAUAGCGAUGGCGAGUUGGAGAGCGUCGGCAUUGCGUUGAAUGAGCAGCUUCGGCAGCGGGUCGCGGCCAGAAACUCAGGGGAUCUGUCUUUGCCUGUGGACGAGGCUUGGGAGCAGUGGUUCAAGAACGCCGUGGAGACCGGCGAGAUCUCGCACAUGCGAGAAAGGAUCACCCACGUUUCCCCUCAGGACCUGUUCCCUCUACGGUUCAUCGACGCCGCGAGAGCUGGGAAUUGGCAUGACAUACCCGAGUUCCUGCGGGAUUUGAUCAGAGAUGGCCUUCGUGCUGAGGACAACCGCCUGCAAGGCCGCUCAGCAGUCCCCUCUGCGUCAUCCGCAGCCUCGAGCUCGAGCGUCUUCGGCCUGCUAUCCGCGCCGCUCCCACCCGCAUCACACAGCACCCGCAGCUCAACAACACGCAGCUCCUAUUCGAAUCUCCGCAUACCCGGUGCGUUCCAGGGAAUCGACGACGGUGGCACGUCGCAUGCGCAGCGCGGCCAGGCUUAG